UCAACGGUCCCCUAUGAUUGGGUGAUUUCCUUCAAAGCUGGCCCUGUUUUUCUAGGAGUAGUGGUCAUGGUUGAGUCAUGUGACUCAGGGAGAGGGUGGGACUCACACCUGACUCAGGUGAGAAGAGUUCUCUUGAUCUUCUUCGGUAGCACUUCGACGCCUGAAGAGACUGUUCAUCACGUACAUGUGUCUAUUUCUGGAGCCCUUUCUGGACCUUGCUGAACUUGGGCCAUGUUUGGCACUGGGCAUUUGGUGUCUCCUCUGUCUUCUGCGGUCUUCCACUCUUCGGCUGCGCAUUUGUUCCCAGUGUUUCCCAGCAGGUUGAGCUCACCGCAGAUCUUCAUCCCCGGGCCUCUGUUCAGCUACGAGCUCCUGCGCAGUUACCUGCAGCCCAAGCCCUACAAACAGGCUCUGCUAUUGGCCGCUCAGUCCACAGGACGACAUGCUGAGAUUAUCGAUGAACCCCGGCCAGUGAAGCAGCGGCGAGCUCGGGCCAACUACAGCAGCUGGCAGCUGGAGGAGCUGGAGAAGGCCUUCGAGAGCACACACUACCCAGACGUCUUCAUGAGAGAAGCCCUGGCCCUCAGACUGGACCUGAUCGAGGCCAGAGUGCAGGUGUGGUUCCAAAACCGCAGGGCUAAAAUGCGGCGACAGAUAAAGCUCCAGAGCCAGGCAGGAGAGCAGUGCGGCCGGUGCGAGAGUGACGACAGAUCGGUAGAUUCGUCCAGCAGAAGCACAGCUCCAGAGCUCCACAGCAGCAGCAGCCCAGGCCGGGACAGCAGGCACAAGACUGGAAGCCCCACUUGGUCCAAACCGUCCUCAUCAGCUAUCCACAGCCCCAUAAGCGACAUGCAUCAGCGGCCAAGAGAUCAGGAGGAGUCAGAGGAGUCCAGUCCAGAGGACUUCCGCUGCUGCAGCAUUGCCAAACUGAGGGCGAAGGCCAGGGACUAUGAGGCAGAGAUCCACAGCACUGUGGCCAAGGCCAGCAGAGAGAGACAGCUGAAGACCCAGGGAUCUGCUGCAGGCCCGGACAGAGACUAAAACAGAUGCAGCCGUUACACAUUACCUCAGAACACGCUAGAAAUCACAUUCAAUGUAUUAUUUAUUAUUAUUCACAAUUACACAAGCAAUGAGGUUAAACAAAGUGACUGAGAGCAGCGAAGCACACAUUUCUUCACUCUAAUUGUUUUUGUUUCUUAGAUUCUCACAAUGUCAUGUAUUAUCUGUGAAACCAGUAAACCCUUUUCAAAUUUCUGGGAUUCUCAGAAGCAAAAGUCAUGGUAGUUAAGA